AUGGCCUACGUUCCAGGUCUCACGCUCCCUGCGUCCGUCUUCUCCAAUGCCCCCAUCUCGAUUCUUCUCCCCGUCGGACUGGGCUUGGGAUCCGGUCUCGUCUCCCAACCCGGAAAACUAAUUCCUAAGAGGUUCUCAGACCAGGCUGCGACAGAGCGAGGAAAGUUCAGGAGCGCGCAAGACCAGUACAAGGCUCUGAAGCAUCCUCCCUUCAGACCACCGCCUUGGGUCUUCGCUCCAGCUUGGUCUUCCCUUUAUUUGAUCAUGGGCUACGCCGCUCAUCGUGUCUGGACGAUCGGUAUGGCAAGCCCGAAUCCCCAGACAGUGGAAAAUGCAAGAAGAGGGGCCACAUUAUACACGAUACAACUGGGCUUGAAUCUCAUCUGGAUGCCUCUAUUCUUCGGCCUAGGCAGACCGAUUGAAGCCAUGCUCGACGUGGUCACCCUGACCGGCACUGUGGGUUACAUGACCUAUGUGUGGCACAAGGUCGACGAGACAGCCGCGUAUUUGAUGACGCCAUAUCUUGCCUGGCUGGGAUUCGCAACAUAUUUGACAGCCGGGACCGGCCAUCUCAACGGAUGGACGAUCAAGCAAGAAGCUGAAAAUCAGCAAGAGACUGAAAAGAAGGAGUCAUAA